UUUCUCUGUGUUGCUAAGUAACUGAAUGAUACCAAAUCAGCUGAGUUUUUGUUUUAGGCACUGAACAGAGGCAGCAAGGAAACAGCGAAGAGUUGGGGGUUGAAAGAAAGCAGAAGAAUGAAGAAUCGGAUGCCAGAAGCGAUGGAUCCUAAAUGACUGCUGCUGCUGCUGCUGGAACAGUUAUAAGUUGGAGGAGAGCAGAUUACCUUUUUAGUGACGAUGCUUCAUGUCCUGAUACUGUGAGAAUAUAUGACAGCAAAGAUUUUCUUUGGAACAAGGUGACAGUUUUCCACAGCUCUUUUUUGUCGGCCUGUGAGAGGCGCAAGAGUGUCCGAUCUGUGUGCAUCGGCCAUUAUGUGCUGCCUCCAGCCUCUGUGCAGGAUGAGGUGCGAAAUGUGGUUGGAAGACUGAUUUGGGAAUGUGAAGAUGACCAGUCGACUGCAGAGGAUUUUUGUUCCCAAACAGAAGAUGACUCAAGUGAGACAGAAUCCAGUAGAAACACUUCUGGACCUUCCUGCAAAGAUACAUCAGAAAAUGGAACCUACUCAUGUGGUGUUUUGCAGCAUUAUCCACUUCAUAAAACAAUUACAGAGUAUGCCAGCAUGGAUGACCUGCAGAAAUAUUCAGGUGACCUGUGCGAUUUCCUUCCUGAAUGUUUCCGAUGCUCCAUCUGUAAUGCCCAUUGCUGUGGUAUUUGCAAUCUGUAGUUAAUGUAGUGGAAGAUAAUUCACUCUGUUUGUUUUCCAUUUGCUUCUAUGCAGUUAUGACACAAGCCAAAGUGAUAAGAAAAUGUUUA